AUGAUACGAUGCUGGGCUCUGCUCGUUCUCCUUGCCGUCGCGGUGCCUGAUGAGGAUUCCCAGAACUGCUCGGAGGUGGGCGAUGCAGGGCUGCUCUUGCUACAAACGCCGGACCUGCUGGUGCAACCUAGAGAGGUGCCUGUGCAUGACAGAUCCAUCAGCGCCACGCCACAAGGCCCUCUGAUCGAGGAGAUGGAUGCGCUCGUCGCGGCUGUGGAAUCAGCCGUCAAAGGGUGGAAGAUCAAGUGGCCCAGCGCCGCAGCAGCUUUGGACGAGAUUCUUCCGGCGGCCGCAGCAUCCCCGGGUUAUUCUCGGGUUCACUUGCCGCCAAACGUGUCAGACAUCACAGUGGCCGUGUCUGUGAAAGGGAAGCGCGACAUCGACGUUACCGUCCACACCUUCAGGGCAAUACUGGUUGCCAUCGUCACUGUGGGCCUGAUCGUCUUCGCCGGCGCGAUGAGCGGAUUGAGUCUUGGCCUCCUACAGCUCAGGGACACCGAUGUGGAGGCCUUGGAACGCUCAGGAGACCCCGACCUCGUGGAGAUGGGCAAGAACUUGUCAGAAGUCCUUCAGGAUCGGCACCUCUUGAUGGUCACGCUGCUGCUUUGGAACUGCGUGGGGGCGGAAGUAUUGCCCUUGGUGCUGAAUGUCGAGCUGAACGCUGUGGCCUCCGCGCUGGUCGGCGUCUUUGGCAUUCUCAUCGGGGGCGAGAUCUUGCCGCAGGCGCUGUUUAGCGCGGCGUCGAUGACGACGAUUUGCUCCUUCGUGCCCCUGGUGAAGGUGCUGAUCUGGAUUUCUUGGCCUGUCGCCCGACCGUUUGCAACGGUUCUGGACCUUAUAUUUAACACUGGCCUGCGGCCGUUUGAGCUCCCCCGGCAGGCGCUUGCGGCGCUGAUGCAGAUGCAGCACAAGAAAGGCAUCCUUUCAAAGCAAGAGGCGCUGAUUCUGGAUGGUGCCCUUGGCUUGGCGGGCAAAAAGGUCGGAAGCUGCAUCACGCGCAUCGAGGAUGUGCGCAGCCUGCCGGAGAAUGAAAAGGCAGACGUGAAGAACAUGGAGUAUCUGCGUGACCAGAACAGGUCUCGCAUCCUUGUUCAUGCUGCGCAUGACCGGCGGAUCCUUGUAUCGGUGAUCAUCUGCAAGUCUCUCUUGGGUGUGCACCCCAAGGACGGAUAUGACAUCACAGAUCUGGCAAGUUCUCACUUGCUGCACGUUUCGGAAGACGACUCCCUGGCCGAUGUCUUGGCCUUGAUGCAGGGCGGCAUCGCUCGCAUUGCGGCCGUGUACACUCAUGCCACUGAGAUCCCGAGUCCGUAUGCCAGCCCCGGAGCACAUGCCCUGGGCAUUGUCACUAUGAACGACGUCGUGGAGCAGCUCUUAAUGAGCGAGAUUAAGGAUGACGGACCUGCCGGCGUGCCCCAGCGGAAGGCCUCAUUCCCCAGGACUCGCAGCCACGACGUGCCCUUGUUCUCGAUGAGAGAUUAG